AUGGCAGUUCCAAUCACCAGCUCAUGCGACUACCUGGCUGUACUGCCAAGUAGGGUUGGUCCUUUGGCGUCAGCACCCAUCAGUCCCCCACUUGACCUUUCGAAGCACACACACACACACAGAUCACCAAGAUGCCCAGUGCCCUUGUUCUCGGCGGUCAGUCGCAUUGAUCUCUUCUUGCUCUCUCUCUCCCUCUCUCUCUCCUUCCACGCCCAAGCCCUCCCGUCCUGGACCCAAACCCAGGCAAUCUUGCCUUGCCCAUUUUUGUUUUCCCUCACCGAAGCUUGCUUUCGAUCUGGCGGGCGGAGAACAGGUGCCGGUUUUAUCGGACGCAACCUCGUGGUUUAUCUGGUGGAGAAUAACCUAGCUGAUGUCAUCCGCGUUGUCGACAAAGCCAUCCUGCAGACGGCGUAUCUGACGGCUCGCCAACAAGCCGCCUUUGAAAAGGUCGACUUUCAGCAAGGCAAUUUGACCCGCGAUGCCACCAUUCAAAAGGCCUUUGCGCGUGACGGUGGUGCUUUUGAUUUUGUUUUCAAUUGCGCGGGCCUCACGACGUACGGCCAGGCCCCCGAGGUCUAUCAAGAAUCAGUCUUCGAUCUCUCGGUCAAAUGUGCUCGUGCCGCUGCCCAGAGCGGCUGCCGUCGCUUCAUCGAGCUCUCUACCGCGCAGGUCUACGCCGCUGACAAGAAAGCAUCGGCGGAAGACGGUAAGGUCAAACCGUGGACCGCUUUGGCCGAAAAGAAGCUGGCAGUUGAGAACGAGCUCAAGGCCAUUGAUGGCCUGGACUACUGUAUUGUACGGCCGGCCAACGUCUACGGCGUCAGUGAUCGCCAAGGACUCAUGCCUCGCCUCAUCACGGCUGCCGUCUACAAAAAGCUGGGCGAGACGAUGAAGUUUCUCUGGUCGGAUAAGCUUUGCAUUAACACCGUCCACGUCAGCGACGUGGCCGCGGCCCUCUGGACCAUCGCGGAGCGUGGUGUCAAGGGCGAGGUUUACAAUCUGGCAGACAAAGCCAACUCUACACAGGGUAGCGUGGCCGAUCUCUUGGCCCAGCUCUUUGGCAUCGAGGUCGGCUUUGUCGGCAGCACCCUGUCCAACAUGGCCCGCCUCAACAUGUCUGCCGUCGUUGAAACCUCCAACGAGAAGCACAUGGAGCCUUGGUCACGCAUGUGUGUCGACGCCGACAUCGGCAACACGCCUUUGACCCCGUAUUUGGACAAAGAGCUUCUCUACAACAACAGCCUCGCGGUCGACGGCAGCAAGAUUGAGGCCCUUGGUUUUGAAUACAAGCAUCCUGCCCCCACCCUGGACCUCCUCCGUGACGCCGUUGAAGCCGAGAUUGAACUCAAAAACUUCCCCACGGGCUACCUCGUCUAA